AUGUCAACGCUUCUCAAUAUCUCAUACUUGAGCUAUCGCUUCAGGAAAAUUAGGUUUUUUUUGCUCAUAGCAAUCACUUUAGUUGGACUUUUCUACUACACAUUCCUAAAUGAAGAAUAUGAAUUGAAUCAACAUGCUGAUGAAGAUACUUUACCUAGAAUCAUCAAUGAACAUGGUGAACAAUCCACAAUGGAUUUGAUGCAUGAUGAUACUCAUAGAGAUAAUUUGAAUGAUCCAAAAGUAUUGAAACAAAAAAACAAAUAUUUCCCUAUCCUUGAAGUGGAAGAAUCUGAAGGAAGACGUGAAAAAUCUUUAUUACCUGAUGAAUAUUUCUAUAAUCAAAAGGAAACAAACUUGAGGAAGAAUAAAAAACAUUGGUUAUAUCCAAUUGGUAAGGAAAACUUGAUCAAAUUACCUAAAUUAACUAAAAAAGAUGAUUAUCCAGGUGUUCAAUCAACAUAUUUUAAUGAUGGUGGAUUAAAAGAUGAAUUAAAAUUAUCUAAAAUUAAAGAAACUUUCAUGAAAUCAUGGAAACUUUAUAAAGAACAUGGUUAUGGACAUGAUGAAGUCCGUCCAAUAUCACAUAAGAAAAUAGAUCCUUUUAAUGGUUGGUCUUCCACAAUUGUUGAUGCAUUAGAUUCAUUAUGGAUUAUUGAUGAAAAACAAGAAUUUGAAGAAGCUAUAAAUUUCCUUAAAACUGUUAAUUUUAAACAAUCAUUUCGAAAUAAUAUCCCAAUUUUUGAAAAUAUAAUUCGUGUUCUUGGUGGGUUAAUAAGUGGUUAUGAUUUAAGUAAAGAAGAAAGUUUAUUAAAUCAUGCCGUGGAAUUUGCUGAUUUCUUAAUUGAAGCAUUUGAUACACCAAAUCAUAUGCCAAUGCUUUAUUAUAAAUGGCAAGCUGAUUUAACUAAUAAAUUUGCUUCAAGACAAGCUUGUUUAGCUGAAGUUGGUUCACUUUCAUUGGAAUUUUCAAGAUUAACUCAAUUAACUAAUGAUCAUAAAUAUUAUGAUGCUGUAGCAAGAAUAACUCAAUUUUUUGAAAAUUCAAUAGAUAAGUUCUUUAUGAAAGGUUUAGUUCCAAAUAAAAUUGAUAUAUCAGGCUGUAAACUAUUAAACAAUGAAGAUAUUGAAAAAGGUUUACAUUUAAAUAAUCCAAAUGUUAUAAAAUCUAUUUUUGAAAAUUCUUUUGUUUAUUGUCUUAUGAAUCAGCACUUCACAACAAGACAAGCCAAACAAGAGUUUUCACUUGGUGGUCUUGGUGAUUCUUAUUAUGAAUAUAUGCCUAAAAUGUAUCAUUUACUUCGUGGUGAUCCAAAACAUGCAAAAGUCUACAAAGAUUUAUACCUAAGAGCACUUGAUGAUAUUAAAGAAUAUAUGUUAUUCCAACCAAAAAUUCCAAAUGGUGAAGAUUUAUUAUUUUCAAGUUCUAUAUCAGUUUUCCAAAAAGAUGGUCGUUAUUUUGUUGAACAACAAAAUGAUAUGCAACAUUUAACUUGUUUUGCAGGUGGUAUGUUUGCCCUUGGUUCCAGAUUAUUUGGACGUCCUGAUGAUUUGAAAAUUGCAGAAAAAUUAACAAUGGGUUGUGUUCAUUUAUAUAAAGAGUUACAAAUCAUGCCUGAAAAAAUUCAUGUUGGAAGAAUGAAAUCAAAAGAUGAUUUAUUUGAUAUGGAUAAAAGAUUGGAUAAAAUUUGGUUUCAAUCAAGAGAUGAUUCACCAACUGGUGAUGUUAGAGAAUUAACAAAACCAGAAGUUGAUAAAAUAAAAGCCAAAAUAAUAUCUUCACAACCACAACAACAAAAAUCUAAUACUAAUCCAUCUGAAAAAGUUGAUAAAAGAGCAACUAUAAAAAACGAUCAAGAUUCUCAUAAAGAAGACCCAUUGUAUACAAUAAUGUCACCAAAUCCUGAUUAUUUCCCAAAAAUAGAAGUCAUAGGUGAAGAUCAUUACAUUUGGUCAGUGGGUGAUACUCAUAAUCAACCAUAUUGGGUUAAUGAUAUGGAUCCAACUUAUAACUUAAGACCAGAAGCUAUAGAAUCUGUAUUCUAUAUGUAUAGGAUCACUGGUGAUUCUAAAUGGAGAGAUUAUGGAUGGAUGAUGUUUGAAAAUAUUGUUAAGAAUUGUAAGAAUGAAGAUGGUGAAUUUGCAUCAAUAAGAGACAUUACUAUUGAAGGUAACGUUGUUUCAAAAUUUAAAGAUAGAUUAGAAAGUUUUUGGUUUAGUGAAACUUUAAAAUAUUUUUAUUUAUUAUUUGAUGAUGUUCAAAAUUUGAAUUUAGAUGAAUAUGUCCUUAAUACUGAAGCUCACCCUUUCAAAUUAGUGAACUAG